AUGGGAUUCAAUGCUGUUGCUGACCACAUAAGAAAAUGGAAGAGAAAUUCCAACCAGCCUGUCAUUCAUGAAAUUGCACCCACCGUUGCCACACAUCUUGCAAAUGCAUCAACAACCACCAACACCACCACUGCCAACCAUCUCCAUAAUAAGAAACUCCGCAAACCACCAUCACCACCAAAGAAACAACUUCCUCCUAGUCCAGAUAGCUAUUUGCAAGGCAUUGGCGAUUACACAUACAUCAAGCAAGUGGGGCAAGGAAAAUUCAGUAGAGUCAUGUUAUCUACACAUUGUUUGACAAAGAAACAAGUGGCUGUAAAGAUCAUUGACAAACGAGUGCAUGAUUACAGAGUCAUGUCAAGACUUGUGCGAGAGAUUUCAUUGAUGGAAGCCCUGGAUCAUCCCAACAUUGUGCGAUUAUACGAGACGUAUGAAACCACAGAUUCGUUGUAUUUGGUCAUGGAGUAUGUGGAUGGAUACAACCUGGACGAAUUCUUGCAACAAAGAGGCGGUAAAUUGCCUGAAAACGAAGCACGAGAUGUAUUUCGACAAAUGGCUGCUGCAAUGGACUAUUGUCAUUCUCGGUGGGUGGUUCACCGAGAUCUGAAGGCACCAAACAUCUUGUUGACAAGGGAUUUUCAAGUCAAGAUUGCAGACUUUGGGUUGGGAAAUCGAUAUGGAAGAAGACGGCUCAAGACGAUUUGCGGAUCCAUGCUAUAUUACAGUCCGGAAAUCAUCAAUGGACAAGGGUACACAGGGCCAGAAGUAGAUUGUUGGUGCUUGGGUGUGUCUUUGUAUCGUAUGACUGUAGGCGAAGAACCAUUUCACAGGGCAAACACUGUCGGUGAUCUUAGGAAGGAUGUAACAGGAGGCAAUUUCAUUAUACCCAAUCACUUGAGCGUAGGAUUAAGAAAUACCAUCAUGAAAUGCAUGUCUGUGGAUAAAAACAAGCGCACCCGAGUUCACUUGGCCCUGAAAAACGACCCUUGGCUCUCGGAUGACGGCAAAUUACCCAAUAUAUUCAUUUAUGGCACCACGCAAACAACAGCAACCAUGGCAACAGUCGUUACAGCCGCUACAAAAGAGGAGGAAUUGGCUCGUUUGAAAAAGGAAAAGGAGAAGCUAAAGUACCAGCAUUUACGGGACAUGGAGGAGGAAAAGAGAUACAAGAAAUUCAUCAAAAAGACCAUUGUAUGUCAUCCCAAGAACCCAUCUAUUUAUUUCACCAGUGCGAUCCCUCAUUCCCCUAAACCAGAAGACACGUACACGAACAGCGAAAAGCAGAGACAUUUGUUCUUUCAAAAAGUCAACGAACUAUCGCAUCAAGUCCAGCUUUUGCCUGCUCAAAACACAGGCAACAAAUCACCCAUUCGGCAUUUACUGAGAAAACUAAAGCAGCCUGAGAAUCAUACCACCGCCAGCAGUUUGAGUCUAUCGCUUGCGAAUAGAAACGGAUCACAAAAUAGCUUGAAUGCCAUUCCCUGUGGCAACGCUGCUACUAGCACUAUACCAGCUGUUGCACAACAGCAGAGAAACCCCAUCCGAAAAACGUCUUCCAACAUGAGUCUGUCUCAGAUAUACCAACGCGUUGCCAAAGAUCAAGUCCACUACUACACUUUCCAACUGACACCUCAAACAGCACUACGUAUCACUGGUGUGGCAGGCGAAUCCUCCUCCAUUUCCAUGCAGCAGAGCCAACAAGACGAAAUCACCAUGAUGCUGAUCAUUCGAGGCAUUUGCGACAUUAUGGGUAUCACGUACCAUCGAGACAAGAACGACCGCUUAAUCUGUGUGAUGGCAUUGAGCGAUUACAUCAACGAAAAGCCCAAGUCAUUCUACAAACUCAAGCGCAGAGACAGCAAAAUGAUAUCCUCAAACCAAUCCUUGUAUACCAAUAACAACAACAUCGAAACUCAUGAUGGCAGCCAGGCUUCCUUUAGUCGUAGUAGUGCAGGGCUAUCUGACAUGAAUCGAUCCUCGCAGUUUGUGGGCGGAGGUAGUAGUCGAUUUAGCAAGUUUAAAAAGAUGACAAGCCAUGUGCUAUCCAGCAUUUUUCCCUAUCAUUCAUCGACACUGGUUGUGCAAGAUAGCCGAUCCGUACGCUAUCCUCCAUUCCCUCAUAUCAAUGCUGCAGCUAGCAGUAACUAUGCAAGUCGAUUCAAUACAGCCGUCAAUAGAACAACGACGCAUGUAGGCUCACAGUCGUCUCAGCAAUCCACGCAUGUAGGCUCACAGUCGUCCCAGCAAUUCACGCAUGUCAGUGAAGAAGAUGGGCAGGACAAAAAGUCGGGUGUGGCCAUUUUCGCUAUUGAGAUCAUAUCGCUUUCCAAAGACUUGCAAAACAGAGUGGCUGCCAUCAAGCUAUCCAAGAUUGAGGGCUCUUCUAAGGUAUUCCGUAUUGCUUGUGGUUGGAUCACAGGUGUCAUUGGCCAAAACAUCACACCAGCACAGCUGACAGAUCAGUUCAACCACACCCUGCUCCACUAUGAUUUGAACGCCAGUGCAGCAGACAUCCCUUCAUCCACAACUGCUGCCAUGAUGAGAACAUCUCCCUCCCAGCAGCGACUUAAUAGACCCAAAUCCGCCAUUACAUUCAUACCCGUCCAUGCUCAACAAGCAAGCACUCAUAACACCAUUCAGAAAUCGCCCACGACAGCUGUUCCAUCUACUACAAAAUAA